CUCAAUUUGGCUGCAGCUGUUUGUUAUUUAAAGAGAAGAAGCAACAUACGGAAGAUCUGUCUUGCAGGGCUAACAGUUGUAUCCAUUCAGAGCAUCCAAGAAAACAAAUCUGUUAGUCUUUUUAUAGUUACAAUAAAAUGCUGACAUUUAAUGUUGAGAAUGUGUAGCCUCGGAUAGUCGCGCAACAAACAGCGAGCAGAUGGAGUGAUGGAGACGGCGCCUUUCGGUUCAUUCUGUCGGUGUAGAGUCCUCUGAUGCACCAUGAUCCCCGUCUCUCUGCUGGUGUGCGUGAUGGCAGGAUGGUGUGCCAUCUAUUUGGCUGACACAUUGCUGAGGUCAUCAAUAACACACCGGAUCGGCUACGAGACAUGGCUGGCGAGUCGAGGGCUGAUGCUGUCUCCUUUCCAUGUGAGAUGGCAGACCACCAUGUUCAACAGGCUUUUUUCAUACUGUGCCCGCAUCAACCCUCGAGCUCUUUAUCUUUGGUUUUCUGGCGGGAUGGCUAUCUUGCUGCUUGCAGUUUUAGAAUCUGUGGUGCUGCUGAUAAAGACGCUGCAGCAGACACUUGCUCAGAUGACCACAGACAACCCUAGGAUAGGUGGUCAGCAGGCUCUACAGGUGGUGGUCCCUGGUGUCAAUCUACCCACCAGCCAGCUGGCUUACUUCUUCAUUGCCCUGCUGCUCAGUGGAGUUAUACAUGAGCUAGGCCAUGCUGUGGCAGCACUGAGGGAGCAAGUGCGGGUGAACGGCUUUGGUAUGUUUGUAUUUGUGAUGUACCCUGGUGCGUUUGUGGACCUCUUCACCACACACCUCAACCUCAUAUCACCCGCUCAGCAGCUUCGUAUCUUCUGUGCUGGAGUGUGGCACAACUUUGUUCUGUGUGUCGCAGCGUUGGCCUUCCUCUUCCUGUUGCCUAUCUUUCUGUUUCCCAUGUACUCUACUGGAGUUGGGGCACUGGUCACUGAGGUUGUGCAGGGCUCUGCAGCUGACGGCCCCCGGGGCCUGUCAGUCGGUGACAUAGUGACGGGGCUGGAGGACUGUCCAGUCAGGACAGUGGAGGACUGGAGCAGCUGCCUGUUUCAUCUCUCUCACACUGCACAGACUGGGUACUGCGUGCCUGUCGCCAGCCUGCAGCCCAGCUGGGCCCAUGGGCGAGCUUUUAAGCGGUUGGAUGGCACAAUGGACUGCUGCAGCAACAACAGCCUAACAGACCUCUGUUUCUCUUACAUUAAACCGGAGCACAGGAAGAGCAGAGAGAGAGAGUACGCCUGCAUGCCGGUGCGUAAGAUGGUGACGGGGACGCGAGCGUGUCGUACUGAUGACGACUGCGCUGCAGGCUUCCACACAGCCAGCCUAUGUGUCACUCCCUCUCUGGAAAACCAGACCCGCUUCAUCCGAGUCACACACCUACCCAACACACACAUGCUGUUUGUGGGUUAUCCACCGCACCUUCAGUACGCUGUGAGUCUGACCAACUUUGUCCCCCGCUUUGGUUUCCUCCACCUGGAUCUGCCUGUCUUUUUGGAGACCUUCUGCAAGUAUGUGGUGUCUCUUUCUGGUGCGUUAGCAGUAGUUAACUCUGUGCCAUGCUUUGCCCUCGACGGUCAGUGGAUGCUAAACGCUCUGCUGGAGGCCACGCUGGUUACUGUGGUAACAGACCGUCAGAAGCGUGAGCUAAUUGGUUUCUUCCUGCUGUUGGCGGGCAGUGCCCUGCUGGCAGCCAAUGUGGCACUGGGCCUGUGGAUGGUCACAGCACGGUAGCCACAGCAGUGAGCUGCUCCUAAUAUCCCUGGCUGGACUGAGAGAUGUUCUCUCAGGAUGUGCCCGAGACAUGUGGACCAUCAAACUAUGAAUAUGCAGAGAACACACUGCAUUACCCAGCAGUACUGCCCAAUUUCUGGAGACCGGUGAGUAGAAAACUGCUCUGCUGUUGAGCCCUUACCAGACCACUAGGGAAAACAAACACCUGACUUCUUCCAACUUGUUGCCGCCAUAUACACAAAAGCGCUGUCAUGUGACUGUACACACUUUCCAGAUUUUAUCUGUGUUGUGUUUGUGGUUUGAGAGAAAACCAUCUUGGUUUUUCAAGAAUUUGAUUCUGCAAUGCCAUAUUCCUACUGAACACCACCAAAGUGUUUGUCUUUGCCUAAUUUAAGGUAAAAAAUUGAGAAAGCCUUAAUUUUGUUGGCUAAUGCAUGGCAAUACCUGGAUUUAUUACCACACAUCACUGCUGGAAAAUGUACUACCUAAUUUUAUUGUGACGGUAUAGUUUCCUCCUCAGAAGUUUGUGUAUUUAUUAAUGAAUUGAUGAUUUCAGCAUUUUGUAAUGUCCCCAAAAAAAUGUGAAGACGUCCCUUUUUUUGAAAUGACAUUGCUAUGGGAAAAUGUUUUUCUCUAUGAACAUUAUCCUGAUUUUUCUCAAAGUAUACAUUGUUAUUCUGUUGCCCUCUGUGUCUUUUCUAGUUGUACAUCGUUGACCCAUCAAAACUGAAAUUAAACAUUUUUUACAUGUGGUCUAAUUCAAGCUAUUAGUAAAACUAAUUAUUUAUUUUAACUGUAUUUUUAUUUGUUGCUGUUGUAGUCCACCCAAUUGAUCACACUGUAUUUGUCAGUGAUGUGAAGCUGGGGGCACUGCUUUGUGGUUGGAGGAGGUGAAAGGUCCCAGUCGUGUUUCUGGCACAACUUCACCUACUUACCUCCAGUUUUAUGAGGUAAAGACAUUCAGUUAAAGACAUGGUGGCUAGUCUGUUACAGAAUUUCAGCUAGUAUUUCAUCAUUGACAAGCACACUUUGCACCUACAGCCAAUUUUACGUGACGUUCCAGAUCUACCACGCUCGGUCUUCGGACUGUGGGAGAAACCUUUCACAUAGAUUGGGAGUAUUUCUGUGAGUCUUGAUAUUAUACACCAGACAUGCAUCCAACCUUCAAACAGAUGACCCUGUUUUAUUACUGUGCCUUCUUGGUACCCUGAGGCUGUGAUGGGUGAAGGUCUGAUCUUAUAAGGAAAACUGAGGUGCUAUUUUUCUGUGAUAUGAAAACUUACUGGUGUUUGCAUUAGAUCAGAUUCAGCUUGUCAUUAAACAGAAUGCAGUGUAAAUAGGUCAUAACACACUUGUAAUACAAGUGUUUAAUGUAUUUGCAAACAAUAAGUUGUCCUGUGGGAGGCGCAUGGAUAAUAAAUGAUAUAUACUAAAACUCCUAAUAUAAAAUGUCUGAGACAUGUUUGUAUU